AUGGAGCAGAGAGGACGGACGUACUGUACCGACGGAAGGCAUAAACUAGUACGUAGAGCAGAGCAGAAUCGGGGCUUACAACCCACCCUCGACGUACCGACAACCUACCCCGGUACCGCACUCGAACAACCAUCACCACCACCACCACAAACACCCCUCAACCUCAACCUCAACCUCAACCUCAACCUCAACCUCAACCUCAACCACAACCACCCCACCCCGCCACUCACCAUGGGUUUCUUCUACAGCAAAGGCAUCGGCGGUCGCCGCGCCGGCGCCACCAUCACCGCCGACCGCCACGGCCUGCGCCGGCCCAUCUUCCGCUUCCGCUGCUGCGGCCUGAACUGCUUCCGCUGA